UCCUUGUUUACAGAGGGCGCUGUAGUCGGAAGCGUGAACAACUUCCAGUUGGCGGUGAACUCGUUCAGUUGACGUGUUCUUUGAAAUUUACGGAAAGUGGUGCAUUGAUCAACGCUUUUCAACAUGGGUUCUCUCUUAUCUAGAUUCAGAAAGAAGCCAACAACAUAUGAAGUUUUAGAGGGUUUAGAGAAGGAAAUUGAAACACAUCAAAAGUUCCGUCGAGAUAACCUUCAGAAGCAGAAGAGUUUUAUCACCAAGCUGAUGCUAUAUUCUAUUCUGAUGUAUAUUGUGGCAUCCAUAGUCUUCUAUUUUUAUUUCUUUCCAAACAACUGGAGGGAUCGGCUGAUUUACUCCUCACCAUUACUAGUUUUCCCAAUUCUAGUUUGGUUAAUAAGGAAAUUCCUGUACUGGUUCUUCGUUAAACGGAUAGCUAAAAAUGAUUUAGCAUUACAAGAUUUGAAAGAGAAGAGGGCAAAAAUUUUAGAAGAUGUGAUGGAAACGGAAACAUAUAAGAAGGCCAAAGAAAUUUUAGAGAAGUUUGAUCCAGGAAGAUUCAAAGAAAUGCAGACACCUGCACCAUCAACUCCUAAACUCCCUUCUCCAGGAUCAGAUAUGAGACAACGAGUGAAUGCAAGAAUGACCACAAUAGGUCCAACAGGAGGAACACGGCCUGCCACUCCAUACCCCAGGACAAAGACCCCUUAUCAACGGACCCCAGGGAUGGGGCAGCCCAUGCCCAGACCUUACACGACUCCUAACAUACCAGGGCAGGUCAGACCAAGAAUGCUGAUUUCACCACAACAAGGACCUCCACCAACAGGUUCCCUGACUCGACCUGUACCACCUCGUGACCGCUCCAAAAUGGACAGAAUGUUGGAGUACCUCCUAGGAGAUGGACCACAACACAAAUAUGCUCUAAUUUGUCAGAAGUGUGCGUCACACAAUGGCAUGGCACUGAAGGAGGAGUUCGAAUUCAUUGCUUUUAGAUGUGCCUACUGUCGAUUCUUCAAUCCAGCAAGAAAAGAGCGACCCACCGCACCAAAGCUGGACUUCGAUACGCCACGCUCAGCCAGGAAAUUAAUAACCAAUACAGGCAUCGAGGAGGAGGAAGAUGAAGACGAGGAGAGUACUACAGAGUCUAUAGAGGAGGAGGACCAAUCAGCUAAUUCUACCUCAUCUGCUAAAGAGUCAACACAGGAAAUGAAAGUUACAUCAACCAGUUUAUCACAAGACGAACCUAUAAAAGAAAACCCUGAAGAAUCCAUGGAAACAGAAGAGAAUGAUGAUCUAGCUCAAUUGCAGCAAUCCGAUAACUCAGAAAUAGAUGAUUUUCAACAUGUUGAUCCAGUUAAAGAUUUUCAGGAGAAGACUUAAUCUCACGUGAUUAACUUUAUGGAUUAGUUUUGAAUUAUUUUUUCCUAUUUAAAACAUGCAGGUUUUCCCAUGUCUUUUGUCCGAAUAUUUGAACCUUUGUUUUCCUUUCAACUAAGUCCUGAAGGAUUGUCGUAGUUGAUGAUUGUUAAGUACGUGUGGUGAAAAAUGUUUAUGUCUGAUGAUACAACUCUGAAAUCUACAGUAAUUUCUUUUAAUUAUACAUGUAUUGUUACGUUAUGUAAAUAAUCUUACCUGUAUUGCUGUUUAAUUUUGAUGUUUUCAUAGACUUUGAAUUAUCAAGUUAAGUUUGCCAGCAGUACUUAAUUAGUCAUGCAAGAAUGUUUUUGAUUUAUUUUGAUUCGUAUGGUAUCCAUGUUGGCAAAAAAAAAAAAACCCACAUUUUUCUGAAAUGUCCAGGUAUUGGGAGAAAUUAUGUACAAUGGAUAUUACAAAUAUUAUUAAAAAAUAGAGUGUAGAUAGAGGUAAGAAUUGGUAGUGUUGUAGUAGUUGUAGAAAUCCUACUUAACGACAGCUAGCUGACUAACCGUUUGUGUUCAUUCAAGUUCUUUUCACCAAAGCGUGAGUUUAUAACUCUUGCCAGCAUAUUACUGUUUUUGUUCUUAUAGGAAACUGGGUUUUGUCUGUCCAUAUACUCAAUUCUACCUUUGAGUCACAACUUAUGCUAUGCAUUUCAGGGAUGAUUUUAGAUAUUAAUUGCAGCUAAUUAUUGUCAUUAAUGAAGGGAACAUUUGUUUUGUAAUUUUUGAUUUGGUAUGGAUGCCUCUUAGACUGAACGUACAAAUUGAAGUUGAUUUUAAUCACAGCAUGCAGUAGCCCGUGUCCCUAAAUGAUUAUUUUGUACGUUUUCUUCAACAGUUGAAAUAUGUAUGUGCAGGACAAAUCAUUUGUUCAUUAUAUGAUACAUUUUGUCCAAUUACAAGAGUAUACAUUCGAAAUUGCCAAUCGCAUCAUCUAAAAACAUCCAUGCUAUAGAUUUUCCUUUUUAGAUUGAAUUAUUUUUUUCUUUUACGUUAACAUUCAUGGGUGAACUACUUGUAUGUGUAUUGCUAGGAAUUAGUUUUUUUCUUUUCUUUCUGAAUUCUAAUUUUAUUCUUGAUGUAAGAAAUAGAUGUGUGGAUUGUUUGUAUCUUGGGUAUAAUACAAUAGAAGCAGGGAGUAAUUUGUAUUGUCAAUGAAGCAAAUUAACCUCUUCAUCAUUUUUAUAUACCUCAUAGUACAAACAAGCCUUAUAUUUGUAUUUCAUAAUUUAAGUUUUUUAUGUACGAUUGCAUAGGUUUAUCACUAACAAAAUAAUUGUAACUAUUACCUUGUCAAAUUCAUUUGAUGUUUGUGAUUUAAGGGGAAAAAAUCAAAAACGAUAUUAAUUGCACUGUACAUGAUAAAAUGAAUCGUAAGGAAAAUGUUAGAAGAAUGCUCACAUUCCAGAAUUUAGUGGUGUAUACUUGUGUGGAAAUGUAAUUAUAUGAUUGUGUGCAGUUGUACAUUUGUAUUAUAUAUAUGCAAAGAGUUUUAUUUAUAUUCAUUAACUUAUAAGUGUGGUUAUUAACAGGUGAAAAUCAAAAGUAUGAAAAGAUACUGUAAAAUUAUUUUAUAACUGCAAGUGCCAUUGUUGAUAGAUUUUGUGUACCAUUUAUUGUGUGCCAGUACCCUAUACUUUAUAUAGUAAUGUUGCUUUUAUGUCUUGAUAGAUAAAUUUGACUUGAUGUUUUUGAGAGAAAAAACCACCUUUAAAAUCCAACAUUUGAGUAUGUGUAUUUUUAUUUCAGCGAGAAGUUUUUCGUGAUCAUUAUCUCCAUGAUGAGUACUACACAUUGAUAAGUUAAAAAUGAGUCUUGUGAAAACUUAUUGCAAUGAUAUACAUACAAGCUGCACUUUUUUAUAAAAAAAUUAUUUAAAUAUUGUACAAUUGCAUGGAUGUGCAUAAUUAUAGUACUGUACUGUUUUCUUGAUGUUGUAUGCUCAUUAUUUAUUAUCAAGUUAAGAGUAAAUGAUUGUGUGUUUUACAAUAUAGAAGAAAAUUUGGUUACAGCCAUGUUGGCAAGGGGGGUUUUGUUUCAAAGUUUUAGUAUUCCAUGCAGAGGAAAUCUAAAUACUGGCAGGCAUAUUCACUGCUGAGUUUACAAAAUACAUUCAAAUACUGGCCCUUCUCAGACCACAUCCUUUACUGGAACUCUGCUGUGCAGUUCAAGAACAUUCUCGUGAUAUACAGUAAACGUGAUCACAUAAAGCAAAUUAUAUUUAUACAGGUACUACUAAAAUAGCAAAAUUCUGCAAAUUUACAGUGUUUCAAAUACUUUUUAUUCAAGGUAAGGAAUUAUAUGAUUCAUAUUCCUUAAGAAUAAAAUAAAAAUUGUUGAGCAACCUGAAAAGAAGAGUUCCAAAAAGGAGGAGAAUAUUGUCAGAUAAGCUGUUCUAGUCACUACUGCACAGGAACUCGUGGAUAGAAUAUUUGUUUUUGUGUUAUGUUGUCCUUGCUGUGCCAAUGUUGUUUCUUUACCUAGUACAUUCCUUGUAUAGUGGAACCUGUCUAAUCCGAAUGUUACACUCACUCCUUGUAAUGUUGUCUUUGUCCUGUAUUGAACAGUUUAGACAGGUGGCACUGUGCAUUGUGUUGGGGUCAAAUGAUAUAAGUGAUAUGUGUAAUGAUCAGACAUGUGUUUUAUCUGUGGUGUAAUUGUUUAAAACUACUGAGGAGUUGGAUCGACCCUGAAUUGUAGUUUCAAACUAUAGAUAAUAAAUGCUGUGAAAAUGAUUCUCAUCUAGACCAUAUUGUCAGAUUGUUACCAAAUUUAGACUUACUUAUAGUUCAUUAUUAUUAUUAAACUGUUGAAACUUGG